AUGGACGUGGACAAGCCCGCGAAGCAGGAGGGAUCACAUUCUAGGAAUUAUGACCUACCAUGGGGGCCCCCUGGCACUGGCAAGACGACGUCCAUCCUGGCGCUGUCCCACCAGCUGCUGGGGCCGAACUUCAAGGAGGCGGUGCUGGAGCUCAACGCCUCGGACGACAGGGGCAUCGACGUGGUGCGCAACAAAAUCAAGAUGUUUGCGCAGAAGAAGGUCACCCUGCCGCCAGGCCGCCACAAGAUUGUCAUCCUCGACGAGGCCGAUAGCAUGACAGGGGGCGCCCAGCAGGCGCUGCGCCGUACGAUGGAGAUUUACUCCAACACAACGCGUUUUGCGCUGGCCUGCAACACCAGCAGCAAGGUCAUCGAGCCGAUCCAGAGCCGCUGCGCCAUUGUGCGGUUCACGCGCGUCAGCGACGUCCAGGUGCUGGCGCGGCUCAAGCAGGUGGUGGAAAAGGAGGGCGUCACCUGCACCCCUGACGGCCUCGAGGCCGUGGUGUUCACCGCGGACGGGGACAUGCGGCAGGCCCUCAACAACCUGCAGGCCACCCACACCGGCUUUGGUGACAUCACCCAGGACAACGUCUUCAGGGUGUGCGACCAGCCACACCCCACGCUGAUCCGGCUGGUGCUGCAGUGCUGCGUGGCGGGGCGGCUCGAGGAGGCGUACACGCACAUGAAGGCGCUGUGCGACCAGGGGUACAGCGCAAUGGACAUCAUCACAACGCUGUUCAGGCCAGGCCUCUGA